CAAGGUUUUUCUUCUUUCUCAUCGAAGUUAAAUCGAAGUUUUGUUAAAGUUAAAGGAUAACGUAGUUUUAGACUACAUAUACCGGCAAUAUAUUGUGUCCCUAAAUUACAAAUGACCAUUUUAUUUUUUUUUAACGGAGAUGUUUUAUUGAGAAACUAAAGAAAAGAAGAGGAUAACACACCAUUGUUCGAGCUGGAUCGUGUAACGCUUUCCAGAUAUCCUGUUCCUGUGAGGAAGAAUUACCGAGGGCAGCUGACGAGAUUGAGGUGCGGUGACGCAAAACACACAGAGUACGAAAGCAGCCGUGUGGACUGCCGCUCAGGACUCUGCAGCUGUGUCUAACACUCGUGGGGUUACCUUCCCCUGUCAACAUUCAGCAGAGGGACAGUCGCAGACUUGACCACGUUGGGUGACUUUUUGCUUGGUUUUCCUCUUCGUGCCCCAGCUUCCCUUUGAACAAAGAUUUUUUUUUCUUUCUUGUUAACUCUUAUUUUUAAACGCAACCAUUUUUUCGGGAACGAGACUGGGAUUUUCCCUCAUAUUAUGCACAUCAAUGGAUACCAGUGGCUCAGUGGUUAGCACGCGAGCUGAGGAGCAGUCCUUUCAUGUCCGCUACAGGAUGGAAGUGUCCUGCCUGGAGCUGGCGUUGGAGGGGGAGCGGCUCUGUAAGGUGGGCGACUACAGAGCAGGUGUCUCCUUCUUUGAAGCUGCCAUCCAAGUGGGUACAGAGGACCUGCAGGUGCUCAGUGCCAUCUACAGCCAGCUGGGCAAUGCAUACUUCCACCUGCACGACUAUGCAAAGGCUCUGGAGUUCCACCGGCAUGACCUCACUUUGACCAGGACGAUCGGUGACCUGCUUGGAGAAGCCAAAGCCAGUGGAAACCUUGGCAACACAUUAAAGGUGCUGGGGCGGUUUGACGAGGCUGUGGUUUGCUGUCAGAGACACUUAGACAUAGCAAGAGACAUUAAUGAUAAGGUGGGUCAGGCACGAGCUCUGUAUAACUUCGGGAAUGUGUACCAUGCCAAAGGCAAAAGUAUCUGCUGGAGUGGAGCUGAGCCUGGAGAUUUCCCAGAGGAGGUCAUGGUGGCACUGAGAAAAGCUGCAGAGUACUAUGAGGCGAACUUGGCGAUAGUGAAGGAGCUGGGGGAUCGUGCUGCUCAGGGUCGAACCUACGGUAACCUCGGCAACACCCAUUACUUGUUGGGAAACUUUCGCAAAGCUGUAGCUUCUCAUGAGCAGCGCUUGCUCAUAGCUAAAGAAUUUGGCGACCGCUCUGCAGAGAGACGGGCUUACUGCAACCUGGGGAACGCCUACAUCUUUUUGGGAGAAUUCGAAGUGGCAGCUGAGCAUUACAAGAGGACACUACAGCUGGCGAGGCAGUUGAAGGAUCGAGCGGUGGAGGCCCAGGCUUGCUACAGCCUGGGCAACACCUAUACGCUUCUCCAGGAUUAUGAGAGAGCCAUCGACUACCACCUCAAACACCUCAUCAUAGCCCAGGACCUCAAUGACAGGAUUGGCGAGGGCCGUGCAUGUUGGAGUCUUGGAAAUGCCCACACUGCAUUGGGGAACCAUGACCAAGCCAUGCAUUUUGCUGAGAAACACCUGGAGAUCUGCAAAGAGACUGGAGACAGGAGCGGGGAGCUGACGGCCCGUAUGAACGUGUCCGAUCUCCAGACGGUUCUCGGCCUGAGUUAUAGCACGAAUAACUCCACACUGUCCGAGAAUAAGGAGAUCGACUACAGCCUGCAUGGAGCAAGGCCCAGGAUGAGCAGAAGACACAGCAUGGAGAACCUUGAACUGAUGAAACUCACUCCAGACAAGAUGAAUGGUCAGAAGUGGAACAGUGACAUCCUGACCAAACAGUCCAAACCGUCCUUGGUUAAGAGCUCCUCCAAGCUGUUCUUUGUCAGCCGUCUGCGUGGGAAAAAGUAUAAGACAGGGGGCUCCAGUAAGGUCCUCCAGGACACCAGCAACACCCUGGACACCAGCCAGACACCUGCUCAGGGACCACAGAAGCGGCUAAGUCCUGAUAUGCUUGGAGACGAGGGCUUCUUUGACCUGCUGAGCCGCUUCCAGAGCAAUCGCAUGGAUGACCAGCGCUGUUCAAUACAGGAUAAGGGCAGCAGGUUGUCAUUAAACAGUGGUCCAGAGUCGCCUCCCAAGGCCAUCAGGAAAUCUGUAUCAGAGUCUGCCAACGUCUCGGCUGCCCAGGGCCGGCGGUUAGAGGAGUCGUCAGCAGCAGGAGGGAGCCUGCCUGGCCUCAGGCUCAAUCAAAGCAGCAACCAGGCCGUGCUCAGCCACCUGAUGGCCAACGCUGACAAUGCUGAACCUGAUGACGACUUCUUUGAUAUGCUUGUCAAGUGCCAGGGCUCCCGUUUGGACGACCAGCGUUGUGCCCCUCCCCCUCCUCCGGUCCGAGGGCCCACUGUACCAGACGAGGACUUCUUCAGCCUCAUCAUGCGCUCUCAGGCCAAAAGAAUGGAUGAGCAACGCGUCACCUUGCCUUCCGCAGCAAACUCUUCAGCAAGGUCGAGCUCCAACUAAACUAAGCACUAAAGGGACAGCAAUGUCUUUAAAAAAAAAAAAAUCUCAUGAAGGCCUGGACAGCAUUGUGACUGACCGGUGGGUGGUCACUCAAAAGAAAGCCUUGCAUCUCUUUACAUUUGUCCUUUGGGACUAAACAAAGCACUGUCACAAGCAUUUUUUGUGGUAAACAGUAUGGAAAAAAGGACUUGUUUCGCACAACUUGCACUACACUCACAGUAGUAUCAGGGACAAAAGUGUUGCUUUUUUAAAAAAAAAAAUCUUUGUUGAUUCUGUACUCCUACUAAUUUCAUUUCACUUUAUGUGUAUUUUUCAAUACACAACAGUUCUGUUUGUAUUUAUUGGGCUUUUUAUGAUUGUUAUAAUUCUGUUAACUGCCGUCCCACCACUAUGAAGUGAUGUGGUUCUAUUCAGAGUCAGUGUGGACACAGAGGUAUAGCACUCUUCCAUGUUUUGUUCAUAUCUGAAGGUGUUUUUUUUGGGGGGGGGUGUCAUGAAUUAGCUGUGUCAGGCAUAGGAUAAGGUAUUUCAAGCUAAAUGAGAAAAGAAUAAAUUUAACCUGUGUACAGCCCUUAUAUUCUUUUGUACUAAAUGUUUCAAUGAGAUCAGAGGAAUAAAGCCUCAUUCAUGUAGCAA